AGAAUGCAUCCUAAUGGCGCGCCGCUGACCGUGCCUCCGGGCUUCCGGUUCCACCCGACCGACGAGGAGCUGCUGUACUACUACCUGAGGAAGAAGGUGGCCUACGAGGCCAUUGAUCUCGACGUCAUCAGGGAGAUUGAUCUUAACAAGCUUGAGCCAUGGGAUCUCAAAGAUCGGUGCAGUAUUGGGACGGGGCCGCAGGACGAGUGGUACUUCUUCAGCCACAAGGACAAGAAGUACCCGACGGGGACGAGGACGAACCGGGCCACGGCGGCCGGGUUCUGGAAGGCGACCGGCCGGGACAAGGCCAUCUUCCUCGGCGCCGGCGCUGGCAGGAGGAUCGGCCUGAGGAAGACGCUGGUGUUCUACACCGGCAGGGCGCCGCACGGCAAGAAGACCGACUGGAUCAUGCACGAGUACCGCCUCGACGACGACAAUGUCGACGUCCCCGAGGAAGGGUGGGUGGUGUGCAGGGUGUUCAAGAAGAAGAGCAUCCAUCACCAGAGGGGGGGCUUCGACGACCAGCCGGACGUGGCGGCGGCGGCCGAGGACGACGACGACCUCAGGUACCAGGUCCAUGGCGCGGCGGCGUUCGCCAUGUCGUCGCCGGAGGUCGACCAGAAGCACGCCCUCCAGCAGCAGCUCGCGCACGGCCACGGCGGCGGCUUCGUCCCGCCGGCGUUCGACCCCUCCAUGCACCUGCCGCAGCUCGCCAGCGCCGACGCCACGCUGUGCGGCGUCGGCGUCGGCGGCCACGUCGCGUUCGCCUCCAUGAACCCGCUCGAAGCCGUCGGCAGCGCCGGCGAGAUGCUCAUACUGAGCGGCGCCGACGGUGGCCGCUUCGGCGCCGGCGCCGACUGGUCGAUCCUCGACAAGCUCCUCGCCUCGCACCAGAACCUCGACCAGCUCUUCCAUGGCAAAGCUGCAGGAUCGCAUCAUCAUCAUCAUCAUCAUCAGCAGCAGCAGCAGCAGCAGCAGCAGCAGGUCGCCAUGGACGCCGCCUCGUCGAUGCAGCAGAGGUUGCCAUUCCACCAUUACCUCGGGCUGGAGGCUGCGGAUCUUCUCAAGUUUGCUAUGUAG